AUGUCAAGCUCCCAUGUCCAUGUCAAUCGACCCCGGGUCGCUUCAAGAGGGAUCUUACCAGAUGAACUCCUCUUGCAUAUAUCCCACUACGUGAUUUGGAAUGAAGAUGCAGCCACUCAUGGAACCCUUCAAGUAGUCUCCAAGCGGAUGUAUCAGCUCGUCACUCCCGACAUUUACAGACAUAUCUACCUGACCGGUAAAGGGCUCAGCAAACUGAGUAGACUGUUCAGUCAUCUUCCCCUCGAUCAGUUCAGCAUUCUCAUGACCACUCCUCCUUUUCCCUGUACCGAAAUUGGAAAUCAUGACACAUCAGAAGGAAGAUUCACCACACCCAAUCCGGAUCUACCACUAAUCCUAAGAAUUCGACAAAAUUUAUCAUACAUCCAACGUCUUACAGUCGACAUGGACGGUUUGACACGCUACCGUGACGAGUACAACGAUAUCCUCGCAUACGCAAGAUUACUCGAGAAUUGGGGUGAACAAAGACUACUUCCAAAUGUCACGGGAGUGUGCUACGAAUUAUCACCACAACAUAAUCCUUCAGAGAAGAUCCUCGAAAUCCUUAUGAACUUUUGUCAACCCAGUAAUCUCUGUAUGAAGUGGAACGAGUUCGAUCAGAGUGAUCCAUAUUCGGUUAUGGACUAUUUUCGUGGUAUAGAAUACGCCGAUAUCACACCGAUUCUCACUGUUGCUUUGAUCGUAUCCCAACCCAAAGUUGUCAAUUAUCACAGAAUCGAUGUCAACUUCCUUACGAGUCUUGAGAUAGCAUAUCCUGCUUUGGAAAAGGUUAGGAUCUCUUUGGGGAAAGUCACCCCUUGCAUUACGUUGUGCAGAUAUUAUGAUAUGAUCAAUUAUAGACACCGGGGUAGGUGCGAAAGGAUUUACGAGGAGGGUGCUCAACAUGACCUGUUGAGUAAGAUGACCAAUCAAUAUGGCUCAGCAGAAGUCGUUUCGGACUUCUCUAUUGUAGGAGGAUUGACCGAAGAUUCAAUGGACGCAGAUGAUGUAAGAGCUUUCAAGAAGGAGUAUGAAAGGCAAUUGAAAGCGGAAGGAAAUUCAGGUAAAGUCAGUAGACAAAAUCUGAAGAAGGCAAAGAACGUUAAGUGGUAUAUUGGGAAACAAGCCGAUCAACAACCUGUGUGUGAAGCUUGCGGGGAUGUGGACCCGGAAUGGGUAGUCCGGAAACCAAGUGAACUUGAUUGGGUUCGACGUCCGUUUGAAGCGAGUCCGAUAGGGUUAGAAAAGUAUCUUCGUCCAGGUGGAUGUGCUGACAGAGAAGCGGGGUAA